UGAGUGUUUCUAUAUUAAAUCUGGAGGUGUCAAAAUGGAAACAUUAACUCUUGAUCUCUUAACUCUGAACUCCUAAAGGGGCUAUGACACUAAUAGAGUAAAUUCACAGACUCCGCCCCAGCAUCACAGGUUCCGAAUGAAGCUGAAGGGAAGCCAUUUCAGAACAUUUAGCUCUCCAUUUUUCCGAGUUGUUUGCCACGCCUGGAUAUGCUUGCAAAGGUAGAAUAUGGGGGAGUGCAGAAGUAUGUCAAAGUUCCAGAAAGUGAUGAAUGCUUUCAUUUCCACCAGUUUCUUAAAGAUGUUAUGGACAAGUUCAGCUUGCAGCCUCAACUCUUCACAGAAGGUGUACUCAUCCUCACUGAUACCUCUGACACUGAAGUUGACUCAGACAUUUUUGAUGAGCUGGUAAAGUCUGGAGUUCGAGCUUUCAAAGUUGGAUAUAGAAUGCAGACAGCAACAGACAUUGAGAUCAGUGUGGUUGAUGAUGAAUCAGAGUCAUCGGUACAGCCAAUCCCUCUUGCCCUCCUGACAUCGCCAGUGUCAUUGUCAGACCAUCCAUCGUCCCCAGCUUCUACCAGUUCAUCAGAUUCAACUAUGAUCCUCAAAAGUACAAAGAACAGGAAGAAGGGCCUACAAGAGCUUGAUCGCGAUGAAGCGAAGCAGAAGGUGUGUAGUGUCUUGAGCUCAAACCCAAAGGGUGAAGAAAUUUUCAAUGAAUACGACAAAACUAAAACAUUGUCAGAUCCAACUCGUCGACAAAUGGUCAACAUACUGGUUGCAGAUAUGAUAGAAUCACACGGGAGGAUUCCGCCCAUAAGUGUUCGGACUAACUAUGCACUGGGGAUUGCAACGCUUUUUCCAUAUCUCCAAGAUCCUUACUCAAAAAAUGGCUAUGAACAUUACUAUGAUCCGGAGGCCAAUACUGGCUAUCUUGCUUGGAGACUCAAGACUGUCCAACGCAAUACCUAUGAUGGUGCUAGUGGGUGUCCCAGGCCAAACUUCCAGGACAGUCCAACAACCCGAAGAGAAUCUUUGUUUGUUAGUGGACAGCUUUUUGGUGAAGAGUGCAGAGAGUUAUUAGACACUCAACAGAUAGGUCUGUGGUUAAAGAGAAGAUGA